GGGGCUCGGCGCGGCGGCCGCCAUCUUGGUGGGAGAGAAACAAUAGGAAGGAAGCUCCGCGGGACCGGGCUGAGGCAGCAGAGCGUCCUGGCCCACACGGCCGCGGAGCUGAGGCCAGAGAGACGGACGCACGGACAGACCACAAACGGAGGACGCGCUGGCCGCUGGACCCCGCUGCCCCCCCUUCUCCCUGCUGCCCGCACCUGGAGGAUGAGCCCAGCCUUCAGGGCCAUGGACGUGGAGCCCCGCGACAAGGGCAUCCUGCUGGAACCCUUUGUCCACCAGGUCGGGGGGCACUCGUGUGUGCUCCGCUUCAACGAGACGACCCUGUGCAAGCCCCUGGUCCCCAGGGAGCACCAGUUCUACGAGACUCUCCCAGCUGAGAUGCGCAAAUUCACUCCCCAAUACAAAGGUGUGGUAUCCGUGAGCUUCGAAGAAGACGAAGACAGGAAUUUGUGUUUAAUAGCAUAUCCAUUAAAAGGGGACCAUGGAACUGUGGACAGUGUAGAUAAUUCAGACUGUGAACCAAAAAGUAAGCUGCUCAGGUGGACGAACAAAAAACAUCACGUUCUAGAAACGGACAAGACCUCUAAGGAAUGGGUACGGCAACACCGGAAAGAGGAAAAGGUGAAGAGCCAUAAGUUAGAAGAAGAAUUUGAGUGGCUGAAGAAAUCUGAAGUUUUGUACUACAGUGUAGAGAAAAAGGGGAAUGUAAGUUCUCAGCUUAAACACUACAACCCUUGGAGCAUGAAGUGUCACCAGCAACAGUUACAGAGAAUGAAGGAGAAUGCGAAACACCGGAACCAGUACAAAUUUAUCUUACUGGAGAACCUGACUUCCCGUUACGAGGUGCCUUGUGUCCUGGACCUCAAAAUGGGGACGCGCCAGCAUGGUGACGAUGCUUCAGAGGAGAAGGCAGCUAACCAGAUCCGCAAGUGCCAGCAGAGCACGUCGGCAGUCAUCGGUGUGCGUGUGUGCGGCAUGCAGGUGUACCAGGCGGGCAGUGGGCAGCUCAUGUUCAUGAACAAGUACCACGGACGGAAGCUGUCCGUACAGGGCUUCAAAGAGGCGCUUUUCCAGUUUUUCCACAAUGGCCGGUACCUGCGCCGGGAGCUCCUAGGCCCGGUACUCAGGAAGCUGACUGAACUCAAGGGCGUGCUGGAGCGACAAGAAUCCUACCGCUUCUACUCAAGCUCCCUGCUGAUCAUCUACGACGGCAAGGAGCGGCCUGAAGUGGCCCUGGACUCAGAUGCGGAGGACUUGGAGGACCUGUCGGAGGAGUCCGCUGACGAGUCGGCUGGCGCCUAUGCCUACAAGCCCAUCGGCACCAGCUCGGUGGAUGUGCGCAUGAUCGAUUUCGCACACACCACGUGCAGGCUGUAUGGUGAGGACAGUGUGGUCCACGAAGGCCAGGAUGCUGGCUAUAUCUUUGGGCUCCAGAGCCUGAUAGACAUUGUCACAGAGAUAAGUGAGGAGAGCGGGGAGUGAGCUCGCUGGCUGCACCAGCACCUGAGAGACUCUCUGUGUCCCGGGCACAGCUGUGCUGCGUCGGGGAGGCGGCCAGUAUGGCCAGGCGGUGGCCCUGCAGCCUGGAGCUGAUGCGCAGAGGCCUCUGUGAGUCCCAGCCUGAGCCAGCCCCAGCCGCGCUCGGAGUCUUUAUUUAUUUUAACUAUUUCUUCGACAUUCCACAUUUGAUGAUGCAGAUACCUCUUUCUUCCCUGAGUGUAAAUGUUCUAAUACAAAUCUUUUUGUUAACUGUAA